AUGGAACUAGCUCCAAUCCAGCAAGAGGCCACAAUUCAGCCUACACAACCACCUGAUAAGCUGGCAGCUUCUUCAGUGCAAAACGAGGUCCCAUCUCAUAUCCUAGAGCCCCCUGAGAAAGUGAAGCCAUAUCCAGUCCAGGAAAAACUUCCAGCUCAACCCCAAGAUCCCAUUAGAGUGAUUGAACGUUCUCCAACCCAGCAGGUAGACCCAGCACAGCUUCCAGAGCCACCUAAGGAGAUUGUAACUCAAGGCUCAGUAUAUCAGGUGGUGACAGCUCCAACACCAAUUCAAGAUCAAACUCAUAAUCUGAAACCACCCAGCAUCACAUUUCAACCUCUGCACCUGGAGCUUACCAUUACUCCACAACCCACUACAGGGGGUGAACUUUCUCCAGCUAUGCAGGAUACCCCAAUUCAACCUCCAGAGCCACCUAAGGGAGUUGUACCUCAAUUUCCUCUAUAUCAGGAGGUAACAGUUCAAACGCCAGGUCAAAAUCAAGCUCAGUAUCCAAUGUCACCCAAUAUCACACACAAACCUUUGGACCUGGAGCUUACUAUUACUCCAGAACCCACUAUGGAGGCUGAACAUUCUGUCGCUCUGAAGCAGACUAUAUUUCCUCCAAAACAGCCUGCAGUGACACUUCCAUCCCCUGGCCAGGUUCAGACUCAACAUCCAAACCAGACUCAAGGCACAGUUCAACAUCUGGACCUGGGACUUAUCAUAACUCCAGAACCCAGUGAAGAGAUUGAACCUUUUCCAAACAUGAAGGAGACUCAAACUCAGCUUACAGAGCCACCUAAAGAGCUUGUAGCUCAACCUCCAGUGUAUUACAAGAUGACAGUUCCAACACCAGGUCAGGAUCAAACUCAGCCUCCAGUGUCACCCAGUGUCACAGAUCAACCUUUGGACUUAAAACCCACCAUUAUUCCAGAACCCACUACAGAAUCUGAACAUUCUACAGCCCUGAAGUCGACUACUGCUCUGCAUCCAGACAAGAUUCAGACUCAGCAUCCAAAUCUGACUCAAGUCACGGGCCAACAUUUGAACUUGGAACUUACCAUAACUUCAGAACCCAGUACUGUGGAUGAACCCUCUCCAACCAUGCAGGAGACCCCAACUCAGCCCCCUAAGGAAGUUGUAACCCAACCUCCAGUAUAUCAAGAUGGGACAGUUCCAACACAAGGUCAGGAUGAAGCUCAGCAUACAGGGUCACCUAGUGUCACAGUUCAGCCUUUGAAGCUGGAGCUUAGCAAAACACCAGUAUCCACUACAGAGGCUGAACAUUCUACAGCCCUGAAGAAGACUACAGUUCUACAUCCAGGCCAGGUUCAUACUCAGCACCCAAACUUAACUGCAAUCAUAGGUCAACCUUUGACACUGGAUCUUACUACCACACAGUAUUCUGUAAACUACAUGCCAGAAGAUGCUUUAACUGUGCAAAAGGAAAAUAACAUCACCAAAAACAUCAACAUUUGUGAGCUCUGUACCUGCAGAGAUGAGACACUGUCAUGUACUGGUCUCAGCCCAACACAGAAGCUCCACCAAGUGCCUGUGCCAGCGCCCAACAGCUACAAUGGCACCUUCACUAUCUUAAAUUUCCAGGAAAACUCUAUUUCCUACAUUGAUGAAAAUGUAUGGAAAGCAUACCGUUGGACUGACAAAUUAAUUCUCAGUGAAAACUACUUGACUGAAUUACAUAAGGAUUCAUUUGAAGGCUUGCUAUCCCUCCAAUAUUUAAAUCUCAAUCAUAAUCCUCUAACAACUGUUGAAGAUUCCUAUCUGUUUAAAUUACCAGCAUUAAAAUAUCUAGACAUUGGAACAACACUUGUUUCACUUACCACAAUUGAGAACAUCCUUAUGAUGACUCUCGAACUGGAAAAACUGAUCUUACCUAGCCAUAUGGCCUGCUGCCUCUGCCAAUUUAAAAAUAACAUUGAGGUUGUCUGCAAGACAGUCAAGCUGCAUUGUGACACUGCGUGUCUGACAAACACCACACACUGUCUUGAGGAAGCAACUAUACGGAAUCCAAAAGGAGCAUUCCUAAAGGCACUGCAAGCCCGGAGGAAGAACACCAGCACGGAGCUGAUUAUUGAGCCAGAGGAGGAAAUUUCAGAUAAAAGCAAGCUCGAUGUUCCAGGCUCCAUGAAAGAGCAGCCAGACUUUAAUGAUGAGAGUGAUGUUAUGAGUGCACUAAAUUAUAUAUUGCCUUAUUUGUCAGAGGGCAAUCUAGAAGAUGCAGAAUCAACGUUAUUACCAUUCAUUAGACCGCUUUUUUCAAAAAACAGCCUGGUGACCACUCCCAGUGGAGGGCGAAGGCUGCAGAGAGUGCAAAAAGUCAUCAAGGGGCUAAAGGGCUUACGGAAAAGGCACCACCAGGAGAGGAGAAAGCAGAGCAUCAGGAGACAGAGCACAGGGCCCCUCGUGGAGAGCUUCGCUGAAGGUGGGCUGGGGAGGGCAGGCCCUGGAGAGCUGGAGGAGCUUAACCAUGCGGUGCAGAGGCCCAGACAGGAGGUGGGAAACUCCCUCCACACUGAGCCCUCGCUCACAAAGGAACACGAGGCCGUGGCCUCCCCUGUCCUGAAGGCACACAUCAUGGGCAGGUCUUCUGCUGUCUCCCUUGUAAAACCUCUCCCUGAGUUCAACAACAAAGGAAAAGACUUAACCUACACCUUGUCUGUUUUAGAAGAUGCAAAUGCUAGAGUGAAAAAGAUGGAGGCAGUGAAACCAAUCUUACAUUCUAGACCACAUUACCGCUUUCAUAAAAUGCUUUCUCAUCUGGUCCUCAGAACCCCCAAGGCUGAACUGAGUCAGAAGUUCAGAAGGAAAAAUCCCCUCAACGCACAGGUGUCUGUAAAGAGGCCUCCCUCCCUUGCGUUGCGGAGUCUCAUAAGCUCCCCUUCCCGAGAGGCCUUCUUGUCCCCGGGAGACCUGACUUCUCAGCGAAGUCCCGCUCUGGAAGAGAUUGUCUUGGAAAAUGUAACUGAAGAAAACCAUUCUAUGGGAAGCGAUUUGGAAGGAAACACUUUGGUAGAAAACAUGGUUGAGCUGGAAGAAACGCUCCCUGCCAACACAACCCAGGAGAAUCCUCUGGCUGCAGGUUCUGCUGGGACUGCACUCAGCUCAAUGCUGACCACUAAGCACACCAAUGAGACGCAACGGGAGUACCCCAACAUGAGCACUGAUGCUCCCUCCACUCCCGCAGGCUUCACCUACCCCUCCCUGUCGUCCCCGGGGGAUGAGUUUGAAAUUCAGCUCAACCAGCGACUCCACUCCCUCAUCCCCAACAACGACGUGAGAAAGCUCAUUUCUCAUGUUAUCCGGACUCUGAAAAUGGACUGCUCGGAGACCCAUGUGCAACUGGCCUGUGCCAAGCUCAUCUCCAGGACAGGCCUCCUGAUGAAGCUUCUCAGUGAGCAGCAGGAGGUAAAGGUGGCCAAGGCAGAAUGGGAUACGGACCAAUGGAAAACUGAGAACUACCUCAACGAGAGUACAGAAGCCCAGAGUGAACAGAAGGGGCCGGACUCAAGUGAGCUCACAAAAGAAGUUCCAGGAUAUGGCUAUAACAACAAACUCAUCUUGGUACUAUCUGUGACUUCAAUAGUGAUGAUUUUGAUUAUAAUUUUCUGUUUUAUUGAGAUUUACUCUCAUAGGACAGGAACAGGGGAAGACAUAGAAAAAUCUCCAAGGUGGCCUCUCUGGCUGCGGGAUAUGUACAGACCUCUCAACGCCACGCGCAAGACAGACAUGGCCCGGAAGCUCCACGACAAGGAGUCUUCCGACGAGGACGAGAUCUUCAACAAGGAUGCAGGGGAGCCCCCCGCAGCCCCAGCCGAGAAGGAGGCCCCUACGGAGUCCGCCGCCGAAGGAGAGGAGAGCGAAGCGCCCGAGGAGCAGCCCACAGAGUGA